AUGGCCCCUAACACUGACCCUUUCAUCCAGAGCCUUGUCAACAAGACCUCGCCAAAGCCCUACAACCAGACCGUCAUUUUGAGUCAGAAGACCAUCAAUGCGGCCUUUGCCAACAUGUGGGCUCUAGCUGAUCCAACUUCUCCCAUGCGAAACAUCACCCUGCAGACCAGGGACGGGGAGAAGCUCCAGGGCGAGCUCUUGGCUCCAACCAUCAUUGUCAACGUUGUCGACUUCACUUACAUGCUCUAUUUUCAAUGGAACUUCAAGUCGGGGACCAUGACUCUCUUCACCACUGACAACCCUAACGAUCCUACGACCAAGACCUUCGACCUGACCAAGUGGGUCGUCGCAUUUGGGACCGCGCUGACCCAUGAUUCGAUCCCUCCUACAGACCCAAGCUAUGAUGGCUACAAGGAGCGGAUGGGGGUUCCCGCUGACAGCCAAUUCUCUCUGGCCAAGCUCUACGUCAAGUCUCAAGAGACGCCCGGAUACUAUCCCGAGGGUUCCUUCUUCAACGGUCUCGAUUGGAGCAAGGAGUCUCCCGUAAUUCAAGCUCACUUCGAAGAGCUUCGUUAUGUCUGGAUGGAUCAGAUGGCCAGUGGUGGACAUACCCAGGUCGGAGUCAUGCUGCAAACCGAGGAUCCCAAGAGCGUGAACCCAACGGCCCCAACAUUCCCACCAACCUCCAUCGACUACGGCACAUAUCCAUGGAAGGAUCCUACGAACCCUCAAGCGCCCAACAACGACUCUGACUCGAAUGCACUAUGCUACUUGAUCAUGACCAACAAUGCUAGGCCUCCUGUACCCCCAUCCCUGCCGUACUCAGGCACCUGGGUCGACGCCGAUGCCACGGAGACAGGACGAGGUGCCAUCCUUUGCAUGAACAAUGCCCAGUUCUGGGAGGGCUGGCUACUCCCUCUGAUCCAAGUAAUCAACCGGGCUUCCCAAAUCCAACCCACAACGCCGGUUCUUGAGCCGUACACCGAUGGUGGUGCUACCGUUGGCUUGAGAUAUGUGCCGGGUACUUGUACCGCCCACCCAGACUCCGACGAUACAUACUACAAUUUCACAAGGGGUAGUGAUAAUCAAUCGCUAACACAGGCUAUAGCGACUGCCAACACGUCUUUGAAGUUCACCGCUGGUGGAAAUGGUGGCAUCUUCACCCUGACAGGCAACAACACAGUCGGCAUGAAAUGCAGCUCGUCCGGAGAUUGGGACUCCAACUCAACCAUGAGUUUUACUAUGCAGUUCACCUUGGUCUAUGUGGCCCAGCGGGUCGACGACGGCGGCGUUCAGAUCCUACAGUCUGGAACAACUGAAGUGACCAAGGGCCCCGUCAAGACGUAUCACUCGGACGGUGUCAAAUGGACGCCGACUUUGGAUGAAUACGGGGCUACCUUGCAGACUUCUGCCGCAGCUGCCUUCCAGGCCCAGCUUGGACAGUACCAGGCAGCUCUUCUCGAGGGCCUCGCAGGGCAGCACAAGCUCUUCCUGCCCGGAGGAGGAUCCUACCUCUGUAACCAGGUCAUGUUCAACGCGGCUGGCGAUCUGCUGACCAACCUAGCCUUCAAUGGGGCUGCACCGCCAGGGCAGAACGCGGAGAUCCCAUCCUACUUGCUCGACGCCCCUCCUCGCCAAUACCCACAACCUUUCAUCCCUACACCCUUGCAAGAAGUUCGCAGCCUGUUGAUGAAGCCCGUGCGCGUGGGAGGUCGAAAGGGGCACUAG